AUGCAUUAAACAAUCUAACAAUGGAAAAAGGUUAAAUCAAAUAUGCAAUCUAGAUUUCCUAAUCUUAAGAGUACUUUUGACUCAAUAGAUAAAAAGAAAAAUGGUACAAUAGACAUAGAAGAAUUUACUUAAGAACUUCAAUCUAACCAUGGAAUUACUUCUAGUAGGUAAAAACUUCACAUAAUCAAUUUUAGUUAAAUCUUACAAAUCUUUAAUUUUAUAAAUUCUUCAAAUAAUUCAGAGAUUACUAGAGAAUAAUUUGAAAAAGUAUGGAUGUUCGAUGACACUUAAUUAUCUAAGUAAGAGUAGGAACACUAAAAUUAAAAAUAAUAAAUUAAAACAUACUUACAUCCUCAGAAAUCAAUUACACUCACAACAUCUGGAACUUCAUAAUAAUUUUCUAAUCUCUUUGAUAGUUAUAAAUCAAAUAAUUCUCCUACUAAAUAUAUCAACAUCUAAGGAGAUUUUACUAUCAAUUAAUUUAGUACUCCUCCUAUAUUAGAUAAAACAGUUUCUCCAUUAAAAGUCAUUUCUCCACCAAAAUUAGAAUAAUAACCAAAAAUUAAAUAAGAUGCAAAGGACAAUAAAUUUAAAGAAAUGUAAAGAUAAAUUACAAGCUUAUUUAAUUACAAAAAUGAAUAAUAGAAUACUAUUCCCUUAUGUAAAUCAAACUUUGAUGGCUUUUUGAAUACCAUUAAGCUUGGAGGAAGUAAAAAAACUUGUAUAAAUAAUACAUCAAAAACUAAAUCACCAUUUUUAUGUAAUUAAAUUUCGUUGUAAAAUUAUGCCUUUUAAUUUAAUGAUAUGAAAAUGUAAUUCAAUUCAAAGUAUAAUGGUGAAAAGACAAACAAUGUAAUGAAAACCUAUAUUUAUAAUAAAAAAUGA